UUGGACCACUGAGAAAAGGAAAGAGCCAGAAACCAGUUUAACAACCAAUCACAGCUGAACCUGCUCAUCAUCUCAAGGAAAACGUGCGGAUUUUAUCGCCCAGGCGUGCGCGCGUGGAUUACCGAUGCAUUGAAGCGCACCACCUGUUUCGACUCCCAACUCUCGAGCGCCUACUCCCUCCUCACGCGCGCUGAGCCGAAGAUGAAGAAGCAGAACGUGCGCACGUUGUCUCUGAUCCUGUGCAUGUUUUCGUACCUGCUCGUCGGGGCCGCGGUCUUCGACGCGCUGGAGUCCGAGACGGAGAGCGUCCGGAAGCGCAUCCUGGAGCAGAAACGCGGCGAGAUGAAGAAGAAGUAUCGUUUCUCCGAGGACGACUACCGGGAGAUCGAAAGGGUCGUGCUACAGGCGGAGCCGCACCGCGCGGGCAGACAGUGGAAAUUCGCGGGAUCUUUUUACUUUGCCAUCACGGUCAUCACCACCAUAGGUUAUGGGCACGCGGCUCCAGGCACGGAUGCCGGAAAGGUCUUCUGCAUGUUCUACGCCGUGCUGGGAAUCCCACUUACCUUGGUGAUGUUCCAGAGCCUGGGAGAGAGGAUGAACACGUUUGUCCGUUAUCUCCUGCACCGGGCCAAGAAGUGCCUGGGCCUGAGCCGCACGGGCGUCUCCAUGGAGAACAUGGUGCUCGUAGGCUUCCUGUCCUGCCUGGGGACUCUGUGCGUGGGCGCGGCCGCGUUCUCCCACUUCGAGGGCUGGACCUUCUUCCAUGCCUACUACUACUGCUUCAUCACCCUCACCACCAUCGGCUUCGGGGACUUCGUGGCCCUGCAGAAGAAGGGUGACCUCCAGGAGAAGACGCCCUACGUGGUCUUCAGCUUCAUGUACAUCCUGGUGGGGCUGACGGUCAUCGGCGCCUUCCUGAACCUGGUCGUGCUGCGCUUCCUCACCAUGAACACGGAAGACGAGAAACGCGACGCGCGCGAGCGUGCCUCGCUGAAGAGGGGCCGCGACCUCGGCCUCCUGGCCCAGCGGAGAGAUGGCCACGGUCACAGCACGCUCUCCUUGCACAUGGAGGAGGGCACCAGCUGCACCAACCUUAUCCCAUCACCGGUGGAAGAGCCGUACCCCCACACAGCCUCGGCCCGGCCGUUGGGUCCAUCUCCGGAGCCAUCUCCGCUGGGAUCGCUCUGUUCCUGCGUGUGCUUCCGCCUCGGACUGUGGCGCGGGCCCAGACGCUCGCUCAGCCGGCACCGUGCUGGCCACGUCAACUCGGUGUACUGCGGCUCUGUCUCGUACCGGAUCCAUGGGGGUUCAUCUGCCAGGGACAAUACAGGCUUUUCUUCCCCAGGCAGCACGCUCUCUCCUGGGCACAGCUUCAGAGAUCUCCCCCGGUUACGGAGGAAGUCCGUGUAACUGUCCAGUAAUUGCCCCAUGAGCAGAAUUCAUUUAAAGACAGUGUUUGCAUAGGUUGGACAAUGGAUGUUAUAUGCAUAUAUUUUUGUAGCACAGAAAAAAUGGAGGCCAUUAUGUACAAUGUUGUCUUUCCUAAAUAAGUGGUUUAAAGUCUUUCAAAAGACUAUUUUAAACUUGUCUGCACAUUUGGAACACGUUUGGGCAUUAGCAAAACGCUUCCUGUGAGGUGAGUAAUCCGGUCUUAUGAACAGACUUCAGACCUUUAACUUCAAGACCUACUGAGAGUAGCGUAUCGUUCAAACCAGCUGUAUUAUACGUCCUGCACCCCCAUCGCCAUGGAAACGUCCUGUGGAUCGUACACUUCCACACAUUACAGCAGCUAGAACUUUGAUAAUUUUCAGGCAACAGUAUCACCUGGAAACACCUGCAGUGUAAAAUAGGCACCUUAAAUAUAGCACUCUUCUCUAUUAUGUCAUUAAAUACAUCACUCUUCACUUUUGUCAUUAAAUAUAUCACUCUUCUAUGUCAUAUAUGUCAUAUUAAAUGCAUCACUCUUCUUUUGUCAUAUUAAAUACAUCACUCAUCUCGUCCGUCAUCUUAAAUACAUCACUCUUCACUUUUAUGUCAGUAAAUAUAUCACUCUUCUAUAUCAUAUUAAAUAUAUCACUCUUAUCUUUUGUCAUAUUAAAUAUGUCACUCUUCUCUGUCAUAUUAAAUGUAUCACUCUUCUCUUUUAUGUCAUAUUAAAUAUGUCACUCUUCUCUAUCAUAUUAAAUGUAUCACUCUUCUUUUUUAUAUCAUGCAUGGCUGCUGACCCAAGCCAGUGUUCUUCUGACCUUUUCAUUCAUCCUUCUUCACUUCACAGUGAUGUGUGUUGGAUCCAGCCAAGACUGUUUUCCAGCUGUUUAUUAAUGAAGGCAGAAAUCACUUCUCCUCUGAUACAUACAUCUGGAAGGUCCAAGCCAUUUUUUUAAUACAUAAAAGAAUCGAUCGAUUUACAAGAGGUGUUGAUUUCUUUCUUGAGAAAAUGAAUAAUUUAAUAGCGAUGUCCUGAGCCCUUGAGAGAACAGCACAUGGUGUUACAUUUAAUAUUUGAAGGGGAUUUUUUACUGCAUGGAAAUGCAUGACAAAUGAAUGCGACAGAAAAUCUUAAAAACAAAACAGUCAAGACCAUCUUCUGCAUGAGAAAAAGGAGAAUGUUGUCAAACAUGAGGCCACGGGUCACUGCCACGCAGAAGGAGCUUUUAGACCUUAUAGAAAAGAUGAAAACGAUGCAUGAAAUGAAAGGAAUCCUUUAAUUUUCAAUCUGGUUCGUCCAGCCUGAAGUGUCAAAAAACAAAAAAACACCAACCGAACAGCAACAUCCUAAAGUGUGUAGACACACAGGUACCUGAGUGAAAAACUUGUUUUAUGUUUGAGUGCAUACAUACAUGUUUAUAUAUUUGAUCGUAUAAAACUUGCACAAGAUCAACAUCCUCGACCCCUAAACUGAAGUUAUUUGGGUCGCCAUUUGACAUCUGUGUUGUGAGCAGUGUGACCAGACAAUAUCCUUCCCUCCUGGAAUUUUCCGUGUGCGUGCUCUGGAAUGUGGAAUUCUCUGUAGUGUUUGCCAUGGGCUUGCCUCUGAUACUCAUGCUAACUCAUCACUGUUUAUUUUUGUCCGUGUUGCUAUGAAACAAGAUAUUUGAAUAGCCACUGAUGUAUAACUGAUGCACGAAAACGUACACGAACUUUAAACUGACCCUGAAAAUACCAACACAUACAUAUAUGUACAUACGUACAUGUACUAGUUAUUAUGUGAUUCAGGGUGAGGGUCUCGCAGGAGAGAAAGUCAAGAGUGAAUAUUUGCUUUAAAUUUAUCAGUAACCAAAUUAUUAUUAUUAUUAUUAUUAUUAUUAUUAUUAUUAUUAUUGCUGGCUGACGUUGGUCAAUCUGAGACCCAACCAGUGUCAUAAGGAUUAGUGCAAGGCAUUGAAAAGAAUGUAGACCAUUCCCAUGAGUGUGUGUAUACCGUUCCCAUGAGUGUGUAUAGGUGUGUAUACCAUUCCCAUG